UUCAGGGUUGGAAAGUUUAAUAAUAAAUUCCAGAACAUGCUUAGUACAGAGUUUAACUUCCAAUACAACCAGCUGUUUCCUCAAUGGGACUUCAGCACUGAUUAUGAAGAGCUUCUUCAGUUUAGUGAGAAAUAUGGCACUGUAGACCAUGAAUUGGGUAAUGACCCACAGCUGAAUAUUUCUUCUUGAGAAACUGAAGAAGAUGUUAUUUCAGAGCAAUUACAUAAGGCUUCCAUCAAAAGCAAGUAUUCAUUAAGGAAAAAUCCAAGAAGAAAGCUAAAGUGAUUUCUUGGUGAAUCUACCCUGAAGUUGAGGAAUACUCUAGACCCAUCUCUUUUUAGUUCAGAAAGAGGGAAAUACUCUAUGAGAAAAGAUAUUGUCUGAAAAACUAUCUUGAGAGCAAUCAGGAGGUUUUACAGAAACAUUUUCAGAGCGAAGAAUCAUUAUCUAUUCGUAUGGAGGAUAGUGGAUGUUCCAGAAGAAGAGCUUACUAAAGCUGUGAAUAAUAUGUGAGCAGAACUUUUCUCUCCAGAAAUUAUUGAUAAAUAUGAGCUCAAUGAAUUCAUACAGACUUUUCUUGACCUUAAGGUUUCAUCUAAGAAGAAAGUAAUGAAAAGAUCAGAAAAUGCUAUCCACGCAUUGAAGUGAUGCAAGAACUUCUCCUUAAGUGGGUUUAAUAAGUUUCGAAACGAUCCCUGAUUCCAGAAUAUUUGCUUAAAAAUUUGAAUUGAUUUUGAGAAGGAGUUCUUGGCUACUCUCAGAAUCAGCAAGCAGAACCUUGACAAAUACCGUCGAGUUCUUCGAAGUCUCUGCUCAUAAAUUAAUUUUGAUUUAAAAUGUUGAGAUAAUUUUGUGGGAUUAAAAAUUUGCCAUAAAUUCAGAGAUUAUUUCUAGAACAAGAUCUGGAACAAUUGGGGAAAUUAUUACCUCUCCAGCAUAUUAGAUCGAGGCUUAGGGAUUUUUGGCUCUUUCCAAAUUUUAGAAAUAAGUAUCAUUGCUUAACAAUAGGCUCAGAGGAAGAUAUUUAGAAAUUUCGAGAAAUAGAAGAAAAUAAUGCAUUGGUCCUUGUCUUCUUCAUGAAUAUUAAUAUUGGCAAAAGAGUUAUAGACUUUCUCAUUGUAUAAACUGCUGUUCAAUAUAACUUCUAAAGGUCUUUACCAUUAGUCUUCUCUUCAAGGGACUUAAAAUCAUAAACCACCGAGUCUGUAGAACAUUCCUAAUUUGAAACUAAAAAGCCUGACUGCAUUCUUUUGUACGCAAACAUGAGUCUAUAACCUCCUUAAUGCUUGCAGAAAACUUAAGAUGCUAAUUCUCAGCUAUAGGACUUGCACUGGCUUCUCUUUCUCUUUUGAAAAUCAUUUGAUAGUUUCUUCGUAUAAGGCAAAUGGUGGCAAAUUUUAUAUC